GGAGCUGGGAAAAACCAAGUUCUCACGAGACCUAGCUGGUUGCUAUAGUUACAGAAAACAUGACCUGCGUCUGUCUCAACUCCUGUGGUCCUGGGUGUGGUGUGGUACAGACUAGUCUGUUAGUUACCUUCACAGAGGCCGAAGAAGACCAGAGAGACUUUGACCGAGUGCUGACAUGGAGCCUGUGUCAUCCACAAGCAGAACGGUGCACAUUACUGUGACAAACGGAUAUGAUUUGAAAGGCUUCAAAGGAGACACCCCAGUCACUUUUGUCCGUGCAGAAUUCAACCAGGUAGUUCUUGGAGACUCCGCAAAAAUCACCAUCUCUCCCGAAGGAACUGCAAAGUACAACUUUACCAGCAGCAUUGAGCUCAGCCCAGAUGGUGGAAUCACUUUAGACGACCUCGCCCACAAACCUUUAUUCCUAACCAUGACUGAAGUUUUACCAAAGGAAAAAAAACAGAAGGAUGAGAAGACCCUGACUCUUGGCCAAGCUGUGGUGGACCUUCUUCCUUUACUAGAAGGAGUGGAAUCGUUUGAAACCACAGUCCCAUUACACCCUGUGCAGGGGUCACCCUUGGAAACUCCUUCACCACCAGGCUCUAAGCAAUGCAGUCUUGAUGUGAAGGUAUUUGUGGCAGAGCCCUUACUGACCCCAGCCCAGGUCUCCGCGAGCAAUCUCCUGAAGGUCACACUGGAGGCGGCCUAUUCUGUGCCGGAGGCCUUCAUGCCUGUAGGGCCCCAGCAGAACUACAUGGUUGGUCUGCAAGUCCCGUCUGUUGGAGAGAAGGACUACCCUAUGAUAUUCAGGAAUGGGAACCUGAAGCUUGGAGGGGAGAGAGAACCUGUUCCUCGGCCGAAAAAAUGGCCUAUUGCUAACAUUCUUGCUCCAGGAGCUAACAACAUCCCUGAUGCAUUCAUUGUGGGUGGUCCCUAUGAGGAAGAGGAAGGAGAACUCAACCAUCCUGAGGACAAGGAAUUUAGGAGCCAAGCGGAAUGCAUAAAGAAAAGGAUCGUCUGGGAUUUGGAAAGUCGCUGCUACCUUGAUCCUUCUGCAGUUGCAAAUUUCCAGAAGCGCAUUGCUGAUUGCCGGCUCUGGCCCGUAGAGAUCACAAGAGUGCCUUUGGUCAUUGUACCAAAAGGGAAAGCAGGCAAACUUGAGAAGGCUGAUGAUGAAAACCAGCUUUCCUUUCAUGGUGUGGCUUAUGUCAACAUGGUCCCACUCUUGUAUCCAGGAGUGAAGAGGAUAAGAGGGGCUUUUCAUGUGCACCCCUACUUGGAUGGCACAGUCUUUGAAAAGACCAAAUGCUUGUUCAGCUUAUUCAGGGACACCGGGCACCACAUGGUUCACAACAACAAAGCAGGAGGGCUCGGCUCUCCGUUGUCCAAACCUGUUUCCAAGAAUCUGAAAGAAGAGAAACCAGUGAAAGACAAGGAUGCGGAUGGGCGGAGUCGGCCUGGGGAGCUGCAAGCGCCUAGUAUAAAAUCCCAGAGCUCAGACACCCCUUUGGAAGGUGACACCCUCCUGAGCCACAACCUAGAAGGACAGCAAUAUUUAGAAGCGGGGACAUACAUUGUCUUAGAGAUCCAGCUGGACAAAGCCUUGGUUCCGAAGCGAAUGCCGGAGGAACUGGCCAGAAGGGUCAAGGAAAUGAUACCCCCCAGGCCACCUCUCACCCGCAGGACAGGGGGAGCUCAGAAGGCGGUGAACGACUACCACACACAGAUCAAGAACAUUUCUAGAGCCAUCCUGGAUGAAUACCACCGCAUGUUUGGAAAACAGGUGGCUAAAGUCGGGGGUGACGUAGACAGUGAAACCAUGGAGGAGCAGAAAUGCCAGCUCAGCUAUGAGCUCAAUUGCUCUGGAAAGUACUUUGCCUUCAAAGAACAGCUCAAGCAUGCCGUGGUAAAGAUUGUGAGGGAGAAGUACUUGAAGACAACAGCAUUUGAAAACCAGGAGGAGCUGCAGACUUUCAUCAGUGAGCUUUAUGUGUUCCUGAUAGAUCAAAUGCACGUGGCCCUGAACCAGUCCAUGCCAGAUGACAUCCAAGAGGCCACGUCCACGAUCCCAACAAGCACCGAGCAGCUCCGGCUCUUCGCAUUUGAGGCAGAGGUCAACGAGAACUUCGAAAUGGCAGCAGUUUACUAUGAAGAGAGGUUGGUGCGGGAACCCCAGAACCUGGACCACUGGCUGGAUUAUGGUGCCUUCUGCCUCCUCAUUGAAGACAACGUGAAAGCACAGGAGUGUUUCCGGAAAGCCCUUUCCCUGAAUGAGAGUCAUAUUCACAGUUUGCUGCUGUGUGGUGUCCUGGCUGUCUUGAUGGAGAACUAUGAACAAGCAGAAAUCUUCUUUGAGGACGCUACAUGCUUGGAACCCACCAGUGUUAUUGCCUGGACUUUACUUGGGUUGUUCUAUGAAAUUCAGAAUAAUGAUAUUCGGAUGGAAAUGGCAUUUCACGAGGCCUUCAAACAGCUGCAGGCACGAACCCUCCAAUCAAAGCUGAAGAGAACUGGCACCAUAGAGAACAUUGAGGAAGGCGUGAAAAGGGAGUCCAGCUCUAGCCCCUGGGUAGUCACUCAGGAGUCUGCCGCAGGCAUCAAAGCUGAGGCCCCGACAGGAAUCAAGCCCAGAAGCUCCCACCUGCUGAGUCCUAGCUCCACAUUGGAGAUGCACUCCCAGCCCCAAGGACCAAGCACUGUGUUGUCCAGUCUAGACGAGUUUAUUGAAGAGUCGUCUAAGGCACAGUCUGAGUCACAAGAGCCAAUAAUGACCUUACAACCUCAGGAAUCUUCUCUUGCCCAGAAAUCAUCCAAUGUGCUGUUAAAGGAGCUAGUAGUAAAAAAAGAAACAUCAAGAUGUCAAGAUCUGUCAGCCUUUUUGCAUCCUGCCCCUCAGGUUGUUCCCCAACCUCCCACCACAAUAUUCAUGGAGACCAUUCGCUUCUUGAUGAAGGUCAAUGCUGUCCAGUUUGUGCACAGAGUGCUGGCCCAUGAGCUGCUGUGCCCUCAAGGUGGACCCAGUUGUGAAUAUUAUUUGGUUCUGGCCCAGACACACCUUCUCAAGAAGGACUUUGCCAAAACAGAGGAGUACCUUCAACAAGCAGCCCAAAUGGACUAUCUGAACCCUAAUGUCUGGGGUGUGAAGGGCCACCUCUACUUCCUAAGUGGAAACCAUGCUGAAGCCAAGGCAUGCUAUGAGAGAACUAUUAGUUUUGUAGUUGAUGCUUCUGAGAUGCACUUCAUCUUCCUACGGCUGGGACACAUCUACCUGGAAGAGAAAGAGUAUGACAUGGCGAAGAGAACGUACAUGCAAGCCUGUAAGAGAGCGCCUUCGUGUCUUACCUGGUUAGGACUAGGAAUUGCCUGUUACCGGCUGGAGGAGCUCACCGAGGCUGAGGAUGCCCUCUCUGAAGCCAAUGCACUGAAUAACUACAAUGCUGAAGUGUGGGCUUAUCUGGCUCUAGUCUGCCUGAAAGUUGGCCGACAACUGGAAGCUGAGCAGGCCUACAAGUACACAAUAAAGCUGAAACUGAAAGAUGAGGCUCUGCUUGCAGAAAUCCACACUGUACAGGAAAUGGUUGGCUUUGGAAAUCCAUCUUUCUGACUGCUGAACCAGUGGAUAUUUAACAUGGGACCCCAAGCAUCUUUUAUUCCCAAAUUGUCACCAGAUGAAACCUGCCCAUCCCCCCCACCCCAUUAGCAGUUGACUGUAAAUCAGAUCACAAUAAAAUAAAACAAACUGUCAAAAUG